AUGACCGGAAUGUACGACAAUCCACCACAGCCACCAGGGCUUCGAAAUCAUACGCCAGAAAGCGUUACCGCCGCCUUCGAAGCAUGGGCCGACAAACAUCGUGCUGCGCUAGAUGCGAUCGUAGCCAAUGUCAACCUGAAUGACCCUCAGACUGUCACAUUUGAGAACGUCAUGCGUCCCCAACUCGAGUUUGAGAAUGAAAAGUACUCACACAACCUGCGUUUCUACCAGCACAUUUCGGAGAACAGCGAUUUGCGGGACACCACUCGCAAAAUGGCAAAAUGGUACGGUGACUUCUGGACGGACAUGAAUAUGCGCGAGGACGUCUUCCGUGCGAGAGAUGCCCUGUAUCACAAAUCUGGUCUCGCGGCAGGCAGGAAACAGGAUCCCGGUCGGUACAUCACCGAGGACAUUGCAAAGAAUGCAGGUUUUGAGGACGCUGAGAGUGCUAUCGCUCUGGAAGAAGAGUGGAAAGAGGCUAUCAGGUUAGGGUUGGGUCUACCGUCCAAACCUCAGCGUGACCGCUUCAAACAAAUUCAAAAGCGCCUGGAGACAAUCAAGAGCGAGUUCAAGAACCACCACGCUACUGAUAAUGGCUGCAACUGGUUUACCCCUGCAGAGUUGGAUGGCAUAGACAGUGAUGUUAUUGACCAGUUGGCAAAGGGAACGGGCGAGAAUGAAGGCAGGCUCAAGGUCACCUUCGAUCCCAGUCAUUACGACAUCUUUCUUAGAGACGUCAAGAACCCGGAGGCUCGAAAGCGCAUGUGGAUUGCCAUGGAGAACAAAUGCCCGGAGAACGUCCCGCUCUUCAAAGAAGCCAUGCUUCUCCGAGACGAGGCCGCCCGCCUAUUGGGCUACCCAGAUCAUGCCACAUUGAGGAUUGAAAGCCGAAUGGCGAAGACACCUAGGGCUGUCAACAACCUGUUGGAUGACUUACGAACCCGCCUUGCACCCCUUGCCGCUAAAGAAUUCAACCAGCUACUGGAGGCCAAGAAGAAGGACUGCGAGGCUCGAGACUUGCCAUUUGAUGGCAGUUUCUAUUGCUGGGAUUGGGCUUUCUACGCCUCCAAAAUCUCCAAGCAAGAACAUGACCUCGACAACAAAAAGGUCGCCGAAUACUUUCCGAUCGAUUCCGCAAUCACAAGCAUGCUCCGCCUUUUUGGGGAGCUCUUUGGCAUCGUUUUCGUUAGGUUGGCCGCAGAGGAUCUCGAGCGUAUCUCUCCUACUGGCGUUGCCGAAGAUGUCAUGUAUCACCCGGACACUAUCAUGUUUAGUGUCUGGAAUGACGAGUCCGAAGGCAAUGACUUCUUAGGAUACCUCUACAUUGACGCUCAUCCACGCGAGGGAAAAUACAGACAUAUAGCGAACUUUCCUUUGGAACUCGGGCACGAGAAAGCGGACGGUACAAGGUUUUACCCAUCGACGGCUCUUGUUUGCAACUUCCCGGCGCCAACCAAGGACAAACCGUCACUCCUCGACCACGAACAUGUUGUUGACCUAUUUCAUGAAUUGGGACACGGGAUACACGGUCUGGUUUCACGCACUCAUCUCUCUCGUCAUCACGGGACAGCAGGCAAGCGAGACUUUGUCGAAGCCCCUAGCCAGAUGCUUGAACAUUGGACCUGGAGAGCCGAGUACAUUAAGCGCAUCAGCAAACACUAUCGAACUGGCGAGCAGAUGUCUGACGACAUGGCCGAGCGGAUUGCGGCAAGCAGGCAUUUCCUUCAGGCGUUGAGCAACCAGCGGCAGUUGUCAUCCGCGAUUUUCGACAUGGAGGUUCAUUCGCCCAAAUCACGCACCGACCUGGAAAACAUGGACUUUACCAGGCGAUACAACGAGUUGAGGAACGAGCUAACAGGGAUGAAGGGACCCGAAGCUAUUGGUGAACCGAUUUAUCAAUGGUCCGACACCUACUCCUACGACAUGUUCUACUCUGCCUUUGCUGGAGAUCCGAUGGAUAAACGCAUGGUUCUCGAAAAGGGCGCCUUGCAAGAUGAAAUGCUCAUUCUUGAGCAGUUCCUGGGUCGCAAACCAACUACCGAUGCCUUUUUCAUGGAGCUGGGUCUGGCUGAAUCAGUGGACACACCGUCGUUGAAGGGAAGUCCCUUCGCUGAGCGAGGCCCCGUUAUUGAGGAGGGCCCCUCGAGUGAGGAGGAACACAAGAAGGAAUUCAAUAUCAAAGACGUUAUCUUCUAG